CUGUUCUCCUUCUUUCCUACGCGACCCAAACCGACCCCCUUCCCCUCGAUUCCUCUUCCUCGAAGACGCCACGAGCCAACGACGAACCCGCUCACCACCGCUCACCACCACUCACCACCGCAGCACCGGCGACCGCCACUACUCCGACCGAGCCCCUUCCUCUCCCCUCUCUCUUCAAUCCAGAUGGCUCGCACAAAGAACUCCACACGCGCUUCUCACACCGCAGUUGCUAGCUCUAGCCGCUCACAGGGCACACGAGGCGGCCGCUACCAGCCCCAGUUUGACACAGAAAAGGAGAUGCUGACAUACCUAGAGCUGAUGAAGAAGAAGGUGGGUACGAUGUACCACCCAGAUGAGCCCACACUGAUGGCAGCGGAGCCCACACUGAGGGAUGAGGUGAUGCACUUGAUCAGGAGAGGUUGGUGGCAGCAUUUAUUUUUCGGCAUCCAAGAGCCGACUUUCAAGGAAGUCACGUGUGAGGUGUUAGCCACAAUUGAGCUCCCAAAGCUCAUACCGGAGAGGGACUAUCAAAAAAGGGGAAUAAGGUUCCAAGCCUUUGAAGACAAGCUGGAUACUUCGCUUAGUCAGAUUGAGCGCUUUUUGGGUUUUGAUGAUGUUGAGGUAGGACAACGAGACGAGAUUGGCCUUUGUGACUUCCCCCCGCAUGUGAACAGACAGGCCUUUUGGGAAUCGAUUAGUAGAGGGGGCAAGACUUACAAGCCCCGAGAGACCCCAGCCACACUUCUUUAUCCCCGGAAGUUCCGAGUUAUCCACGCACUACUUGCUUCUACAGUGACCGGGAGGGCCGAGGUUGGGGCCAAGGUUUCUACCACUGACUUAUUAUGCCUCUACUGCAUGGUUCAUGACAGGAAGCCCUGCAUGGGCUCUAUCAUUGCUAGCCUCUUCCAUCGCCAAUCCACAAACCACAUUCAGGCCCUAUAUUCCGGUCCAUACAUUACACGUCUUCUGCGAGGGAUGGACUAUGGAGAUCAGUUCCGAAACAUGGAGGUUUCUUCUAGUUUUCUUCCGCUCACCAUACUUCCGUCCAUGAAUACCGGACUUGGGGCUAGACUUCAGCGGGAGGCUGACCGCGCAGCAGCAGCAGGAGGAGGACAGCAGGUAGAUGAUGAUGCUGAUGAUGAUGACCAUGAUGACGAUGAUGAUGAUGUGGAGAUGGAGGCAGCUGCUCACGAGACCCCAUACGAUGCACCCCCCUAUGGCACAGCUUUUCCUGAUUCUUGGGCGGGGAUGCAUGCGCAUCAGGAUGCCGUGUAUCGGCAGUUGUCCGCUGAGCAGCAUGAGAGAUUUGAUCAGAUGCGCUUCGAGCAGCAGGACUUCUACAGAGAGAUGAGGGAGGACCAGGCACUUCAUUACACACAGCUCCAGUCUCAGUACACUCAGAUUGAUGAGAGACUCACUUCUAUGGAGACUAGCUGGAGCUCGUUCUUUGAUGCAUAUCCACCGCCACCCCCUCCCGAGUAUUAGAUUUCAUUAGACUGUCUGCCGCUAGCAUUUGUAUCAUGAUAUUGUUGGAUGACUGUACCGUAAACACUAUCACACUCACACUCUCACUACUGCACUUAACUCUUUAUAUUUUGCUAUGCUUUGUGUUCAUGAUGUGUUGCAGCUUAAAUGACUGAUGUGCCGUGCGAAUCAAGACCCAGUUUUGUUCCUGACCGACCAACGCGACAGGGGAGUUUCCAUGAUUCUUUGAACUCGAUGCGUAAUGUUAACUUGAGUUAUUUUUUUGAGCACGCGUGACCCUUUCCUCUUUACCCCUAGUACAUAAUGCAUUUUUGGUCAUCGAGGGCGAUGCCAAAGUUUAAGUGUGGGGGAGUGAAUUGGGCAUUCGGGCAGUAGUUGUCACAUGUGAUUUGUUAGAGCUAGCAUGCGCAGGUGUUGGUUGUAUAUUCAUAGGAAAUUCAUGCAAAAUUUUUGAAAACUUUUCUUUAAACUGUGUCUUUGUGGGCUGGCUAGCGUUUUGACUAUGUUUUUAGAACAUCUUUGAAGUGUUUAGGCUUAAAUUGCUUGCACUAUAAUCUAGUUGUUGAAAGGAUGAAGGCAUUAGUCACCCAUUGAAUUAAUCCAUUAAUCAUCCACCCCACCUGAAAAAUCCUUUAGGAGAAGCCAUUUUG